CCCUCCCUCCACCCCUCCUCCCCUCCUCCCCCUCCCUCCGCCCCGCUCGAUGACUCCUGCGGCCUCGGGCGCCGCGGCCGCUCGCGGGCUCGGGGGCGGCCCAGGGGACCAGGUGGGCCACGUGGAGACGUCGGCGGGGAAGAUCCGCUUCAAGAGGUCGGGAGGGCGGCCGCCAGAGCCCCCGGUGCUCGCGCUGCCGGGCGCGGCGGGCCGCGCGGAGCACGUGCUGGUGCAGGGCGUGCCGGGGCUGGUGGCCGCCGCCGUCGUCUGGUUGAAGGCAAAAGCUCUGCAGCAGCAGCGCUCCGACGACGGCGAGCACCUCCCCGAGCACGAUGGGAAGAGCUCUCUCGGCAGCAGACGUGGCCCGCCUCCUGCACAGGCCUCCUCUGUUGCACAGCGCCCUCUAACAGUGAGCGGUUCGAAUAAGGAGCACUUGCUUGUCAAGAGGGGCUCGGUCGUUCCUUAGGCUUGCAUGCGUUAUGUAUCGUUAUUUUAUGCAUUAUUGAUUGUUGUCGUUCCUCAUGCGUUACUCCUCGGAGGAGCAAAAGUGCUUCGUUUCUUAUGUAUCGUUCCUCAGUUCAGGCCGAUGACUGUAUGAGACAAGGCCCCUACCCACGCUGAUGAAAACGGCAUCUAUCGGGUGCUAGGCGUGCCCCUCUCCUUUCAGAGGCCCCCUCUGCUGCACAGCACCCUCUAUGAGACGAGGCCCCUCCCCACGCUGAUUCAGAAAAUCGCUUCUCGGUGCCAGACGUGCCAUCUCUGCCGCCAGCAUCCUCUGCUAGGCGAGCCUCAGCCCAGACUUACGCAACGUUCUUGAUGCUAGACGGGCCCCUCGGUCUGCACAGGUCUCCUCUGUUGCGCAACGCCCUCUAUGAGGCAAGGCCACUCCCCGAGCUGCUACAACAACUCCUGAGCGCAAGACGUGCACAUGCCCCUCGACAGGCCCCCUCUGCUGCGCAGCAGCCUCUCUUGGGCGAGGCACCUCCCCCAGUUCAGUGAUCCAGAUCCUUGGCGGCAGACGUGCCCUUCCUCCUGCACAGGCCUCUUUCUUAGACGAGGUCCCUCCCCAAGCUGGCUUUUCGAAAAGCUCUUUUUGUC